GGUCUGCCCAAGUGGUAGAGUCUAUGAAAGGGUCAUUUCAUUGCAACUGGGGAGAUCUAUUAGCCACAAGUGGGAAACUAAUCUACCCCUCGACGAACAUGUUAUAGCUUGACCUCGCUUUCAUUUUGAUUCUGAUGUUGGGGGCAAUAGAAGAACAUAGGAUUAUUCCAAUAUAAGUCAAGGCCCCCCCAUUUGGAGAUUCUGUGAUUGUUUGUAUUAGAGAGUGUGUUACUAGGAUGGCAGCCGGCAGUUUUGAUCACCUAGGAAGAUUCCAUACUUUAUAAAUGUAAUUAUAGAUCACUAACACGUCAUCAUCCUGACUUUUAUCUUGAUCUAAAAGCAAAAAUUAAUUCCAGUUCCAAUAUUAGUAAAGAUUUACGAUCUUUGUUUUUGACCCUCAAAACAGUCCUCUUUCAACACUCAAUUACUCUCAUGGCAGGAACCUCUCUACUCUCAGCAGCGUGUCGAAGGCUAGAAGGAAAAGUGGCAUUGAUCACGGGAGGAGCUAGUGGAAUUGGAGAAUGCACAGCCAAACUCUUCUCAAAUCAUGGUGCUAAAGUUGUCAUUGCUGAUAUUCAAGAUAAGCUAGGACAAUCAUUGAGCCAGAAAUUAGGUUCAUCAGAUUGUACAUUCGUUCAUUGUGAUGUAACCCACGAAGAUCAAGUAAAAAAUGCCGUUAACAAAACAGUUGCAGCCUUUGGAAAACUGGACAUCAUGUUCAACAACGCGGGAACCAUCGAAGAUCCGAAUAAAACCCGGAUCAACGAAACGGAGUUAGAAGACUUUGAAAGAGUGCUCAGAGUGAAUGUGUCAGGGGUGUUUCUCGGGAUGAAGCACGCGGCUCGUGUGAUGAUUCCUGCCCGAACCGGAUGCAUAAUUUCCACUUCCAGCUUAGCCUCCGGCACCGCCGGGGCUGGACCCCAUGCUUACACCGCUUCCAAGCACGCGGUUGUUGGCCUGACGAAGAACUUGGCUGUGGAGCUUGGAAGAUAUGGGAUCAGGGUCAAUUGUUUGUCACCGUUUGGGGUUGAAACGCCUUUGGCUACGGAAUUCUUGGGGAUUGAGGGAGCUGAUUUUCAGGAUGCUUUAAGGUCGCAAGCCAACCUUAAAGGCGUAACUCUUAGAGGUGAAGAUGUUGCUGAAGCUGCCCUGUAUCUAGCAAGUGAUGAUUCUAAGUAUGUGAGCGGACAAAACUUAUUCAUCGACGGCGGCCUAAGCAUUUGCAACUCUUCCCUCAAUAUGUUUGCAUAAUAAUGUUCUAGAUUCAUGUUUAAGCAGAUGGAAGCAUUUUGAAUAAAACUCUUUGAUUACCCUGCACUUUUUUCCCCCUCGAGUUUCCUAUUAGUCGAGAAACAUGUGUGAUUAUAAAGAUUUCAAUCCAAAGCAUUUUCUCUGGUCAAAUGGGACCAUCAUAUCUUUUGUUCUUACUUCUUAGUAAAUAGCAUUUGUGGAUUGUGACGAAGAAAAAUGCAUUUUGGCAGAACUGAGAUAGGAUUUUGAAUAUUUUUUAUUUUGACUUAACUUGCGA